AGGGCCUCGUCGGCGAACAGCACCCUCCGCGGGGCCACCGCUGCCUCGACUGAGGCCUGAAGCCAGUCUUGCAGACGGGUUGGAGUGGACAUUGGAUGACAGAACUCUGGGUUAUGCAGGGCACUGGAGAGCCAAGGGCAGGGAGUCUCAGCCACGGCCUGUCAGGAGAAGCCCCUGGGGGCUGGUCUCCCCUGUUGACCAUUGGUUGGAGGGGGUGCCUGUGGAGGUGAGGAAAUGCAGCGGCCAAGUCUUGGACAACCUGAAACCUUCAAGCCCCCAGAAGAAUCUCCAAAUCUCAGAACCUCCCUAUCAUUGCAGCCUAGAAUUUAAAACCUGAGACCGUUGUGCUCAAGGAAACCUGGCGGUUUCAAAGGCCAGCACCAAUGGAACGCAGGGCCCCUAUCCUCCGGCUCUGUGAUAUCGGGCAAGUUGCCCGACUACUUCGUGCCUCCGUUUUCCCCAUCUGUAUAACGGCCAUGAUGACAAGAUGGAAAUCCAAGGGCUGUGGUGAGGAUUGAACACGAUAAUUGUGAAAAGUGUUCGGCGCUGCGUCUGGCACAUGGAAAAUCUGAGAUAAUUGUCGGCUACGGGGAUGAUGGUGGAUAUUUAGAAUCCUAAAUCCUUGGAAACUGGGACUUUUCGAAGUAGAAAACCGCAAAGGCUGAGGGCCUCAGAAGCAUCAGGCCAUGGUGUCCCUGACCAUGAGAAGGCUGGGGUCCCAACGAGCCUCUCUAGGCUUUGUGAGGAUGGAUUCAUUAAUACUGGGGCCUGGUUGGGACCUUCCCCUCUGGGUCAGAGCUCUCAGGCCCUAAGAUGUAAUGAGGCAAGACUUUUCUCCCUUUCCUCACUCAGUGAUGUUCAGUGGAUUCUGGGAGCCAAUGAUUCUCAGACUCUUGGAUUCUGUGAAUUGUCGGGGGUAGGGAGGGACUCCCUGCUUUUUUCUCCAUGAAGUAACUUCCAUGCCUCUUACCCUCUGUGAGAAGAUGGGUUGCAAGAGUAUCCGGAGCUCCCCACCCCUGGGCAGUAAGACUGUGAUGACCGUAUCAAUUCCACUUAAGGGGAAACUGAGGCCUGGACCAGAGCAAGGCCUCUGGAAACGCAGCCCUAUUCCAUUUCUUUCCCUGGUGUUUCCCGUCCACAUGUAGCAUCUCAGUUCCUUUCUUCCUUUCCCCAGAGACCCUCAAAUAUCCCCUCACUCACAGAGUGGCAUCUCUCCCUGCCUGGGAUGUCCCUGUGAUUUGAGUUCUUUUCCCUUUUUUCUAACUCUACACACUUUUGUUUUAAAAACUGUAGUUUCUCAUGAGCCCUGUUAUCUCAUUGAUACCUCUCACCUCUGUAGUGAGGGGAAGAAAUCAUAUUUUCAGAUGACUCGUAAAGGGCAAAGAAAAAACCCAAAAUUUCAAAAUUUCCGUUUAAGUCUCAUAAUCAAGAAGAGGAGAAACAGAGCGAGCGAGUGAGAGAGAGAGCGAGAGAGAAAAAACUAUGAGAACCCCCCCCACCCCGUGAUUAUCAGCGUACACACUCAUCGAAAAAAAAAAUUGGAUUAUUAGAAGAGAGAGGUCUGUGGCUUCCACACCGUGGUUUUUCUUCUCGGUAUAAAAGCAAAGUUGUUUUUGAUAUGUGACAGUUUCCCACAAGCCAGGCUGAUCCUUUUCUGUCAGUCCACUUCACCAAGCCUGCCCUCGGACAAGGACCCAAUGCCCAACCCCAGGCCAGCCAAGCCCUUGGCCCCUUCCUUGGUACUCAGCCCAUCCCCAGGAGCCUUGCCCAGCUGGAGGGCUGCACCCAAGGCCUCAGACCAGCUGGGAGCCAAGGGCCCGGGGACAACCUUCCAGGGCCGGGACCUCCGAGGUGGGGCUCACGCCUCCUCUUCCUCCUUGAACCCCAUGCCACCAUCGCAGCUGCAGCUGCCCACAGUGCCCCUCGUCAUGGUGGCACCCUCUGGAGCACGGCUGGGUCCCUCGCCCCACUUGCAGGCACUCCUCCAGGACAGGCCACACUUUGUGCACCAGCUCUCAACGGUGGAUGCCCAUGCCCGGACCCCUGUGCUGCAGGUGCGCCCACUGGACAGCCCAGCUAUGAUCAGCCUCCCGCCACCCACUGCUGCUACGGGGGUCUUCUCCCUCAAGGCCCGGCCCGGCCUGCCACCUGGGAUCAACGUGGCCAGCCUGGAAUGGGUGUCCAGGGAGCCAGCACUGCUCUGCACCUUCCCAAGCCCCGGUGUGCCCAGGAAGGACAGCACCCUUUCAACCAUGCCCCAGGGCUCCUACUCACUGCUAGCAAAUGGUGUCUGCAAGUGGCCCGGAUGUGAGAAGGUCUUCGAGGAGCCAGAGGACUUCCUCAAGCACUGCCAGGCAGACCAUCUCCUGGAUGAGAAGGGCAGGGCGCAGUGUCUCCUCCAGAGGGAGGUGGUGCAGUCUCUGGAGCAACAGCUGGUGCUGGAGAAGGAGAAGCUGGGUGCUAUGCAAGCCCACCUGGCUGGGAAGAUGGCCCCAACCAAGGCUCCAUCCACGGCAUCGUCCGACAAGGGCUCCUGCUGUAUCGUAGCCACUGGCACCCCGGGCACCACUGUCCCAGCCUGGCCGGGUCCCCAAGAGGCCCCUGAAGGCCUGUUUGCUGUGCGGAGGCACCUCUGGGGCAGCCAUGCAAACAGCACGAUCCCAGAGUUCUUCCACAACAUGGACUACUUCAAGUUUCACAACAUGCGGCCCCCUUUCACCUAUGCCACCCUCAUCCGCUGGGCCAUCCUGGAGGCUCCCGAGAAGCAGCGGACACUCAACGAGAUCUAUCACUGGUUCACACGCAUGUUCGCCUUCUUCAGAAACCACCCUGCCACCUGGAAGAACGCCAUCCGCCACAACCUGAGCCUGCAUAAGUGCUUCGUGCGUGUGGAGAGUGAGAAGGGGGCCGUGUGGACCGUGGAUGAGUUUGAGUUCCGCAAGAAGAGGAGCCAGAGGCCCAGCAGGUGUUCCAACCCCACACCCGGCUCCUGACCUCAAAGCCAAGGAAAGAAGGAAGGACAGGGGCCAAAACGGGGGAGUAGAAGUGGCUGGAGGCAGGGGUGACCGGCCCUGAACGUCCCUGCAGGGACCAAGAAGUAAGGUGUGCACCAUCUUGCUGGCCAGGGACCCUGCUCCCCAGCUGACCGCCCUCCUGGAUCACAUGCUCUGCACCAAGGCUGCUCAGAGGGACCUUGGCCCCAACCCCACACCCCCGCCCCAGCCCCCUGCGACUGGCUCUCCAGCCAAACUGAGCCUUCACAACCGACCACACACACAGCCUGCCUCAGUCGCUCUCACAGAUGACCUUAGGGCUGGAAAGGACACAGAGAGUCGCAAUCCUGUCCCUUGGACUCAAUACAAACCCUAAAACACGAAGAGCCUGCCUCAGUACACUCACACCACCUCAAAUCCGCAGUCACACAAACAGUCACACCCGAGCACAGUCCUGUCAACCCACAUGCCCCAAAGCACACACCCGUAGCCAGCUUCCAGGCCCACAGGUGCAGUGUCACACGGGGCAUGCCCAGACACCCGCACAGAAGCAGCCUCGGUACCUUCAGGAUCUCAGGUCCCAGAAAGCCACACAGACACAUGCUGGUCACACACGGUAUCACACAGCUCCCGACACAGACGCUCGGUCGCACAGACUCUCUGAACUCACCUGCAUGUCUCACACAUGCGCACCCACAAAGCACCCCAGUGGGCGUCCUGAGUCCCACGCAGACACCCAGGGCCAUGCACACCGACUCACCAAAUGUACCCAGUGUCUCACCUGCCACCCGCCCCCUCCCCCAUCCUGAGCCCUGUGCCCUGUGCCCCCAUCCAUGCCUCAGCUUAGACUGCAGACAGAGCCCCUCAUUUAUUUGAGAUCCAAGGCCCCAACCCCCAGCACCCUCCGCAAUAAACUGCAGCUGAGC